AUGAAAAAAGCUUUGAAUAGAGGAUCAUCAUCAUCAUUGAGAGAAGACGCCAAUCAGCGUUGGAAAUCUCCGAGAACCAAUGACACCACCUCUACCAUCGGAAAUAAAUCAGCAACACUGAAAGAAAUCAAAUCGGACAAGUACAAAUUUAAAGCACCAUUCAUAGAGGAGUUUUUGGAGCAAUUACAAGAUGAAAAGAAAAGUAAAGCAACAACUCCUACAUCAAGCACCAAGGAUUUUCUGACAAUGCUCUUGAAGCAACAAGAAAAACGAAUGAAGAAACAAGAAGAGGACAGAGCGGAAUUAGAAAAUUCUUUCUCAAACAUGGAAUAUCUCGUUAAAAAACAACAAUAUUUACAGAAAUUAAGAAAGAAAGUUUUGCCAAAUGCUAACUUUACUCCUUUUGUAUUGAACACUUUACAAUUUUUCGAAGAUAACAUAUCCUAUUUUGCAGAACAUUCUAUUGAAUUUCAGAGAUUAAUUGCACAACUUAGAACAAAGGAAGAACGACAAAUAUUUCUACAUUCUGUAUAUAUGUAUUACUAUGCUGAUAUAUUGCUUGAGAUGAGAAAAUUACAAAAUAACCAACAAAAUGAAUCCAAAUAUCAUACAUUUUACGGGAUGGCAUCAACAGACGAUUUAUACAGACGGUAUUUUGAGUCUACAAAAAUUACACAGCCCAAUCUCACAAAUACUGACAAAGAUGACAUUUCUCACCAAAAUGUUAACUCGAAACGAAUUGGACAUUGUUUGGCUAAAUUUGAAAAAGGGUUUAAGGAUAGCGAGGAACUCUAUGAUUUGGUCAACACUUUGAACUCGAGAGAAAGCUUAAUAAUUGAGGCUUGUUUGAAGGAGAUGGAAGUUUUUAAGCAACGGUGUGUCACAAAAUAA